CGCAAGUGGCCGCGACCAGGACGACGUGCGCGUGCAAGACUGGACUCUGCGCGCGCUUGCGUUGUACCGCGGAAGCUGCGCGCGUGUUUUUCAGCCCUCCGCUCUGCGCCGCACUGCACUGGCGUUUUCGUCGAUUCGAGCGCGCGCGCGCGUACUCGUAGAGAUUGUACCUGCAAUGCACAUGUACAUAGCGUCGCUCGAAUAGAUGUGUGCAACGCCUUAGGAGGCGGAGAGAUAAAAACGCGAGGCUGUCGGAGAAUAAGUUUAAAAUAGAAGCUUCGAGAGAACGCAGAUAAGCAGGCGCUCGCUGCCGUCGCUAUAUACAAGUAGUACACCAACAGCUUAUUACGAUGGAUCUCGGAUCGCAAAACUCGAUGACGGCUGUCGUCUUAUCUGCGCAGCGAUAACCUUUUCGAGUUUCUAUAUAACAGCUCGGGGCUGAAUCGGCUCGCGCGAACGCACCUUUCGAAACGCCAGCUUAUUCGGAGAGAAGAACCGAGGAAAAGGGACGGGGCUCUGCGUUGGUUGCACUUGGAAAAGCGCACGUACGCCACAGGCGUGCUAUGCGACGAGGCUCUCAUGGGAAAGCGAUUCGAAUGUCGUUAAAAGCGAAUUAGCCCGGCCAAGUUCCCGAUGCGCGCCAGCUGCCGUCCACGUGUCGCGGACGAGAAUUGCCCGCCCGAGCGACCGGAGCCGACCUUGUAAACAUAAGCCUCUCUUCCGCGUGCGCGUUACCGCCGGCUACAAGUAUUUGCGCCACAUAAUAGGCGAGUGGCGAGGCUUAAAUAUGCGCGCGCGCGCGCGCCGCGCGGCCCCUGCAGCGGCAGUGUCAGUUGUGCCCAGUGGCGGUAUAGCGACAGUCCGACAGAGCCACUCGGACAGUCUCAGUACUCAGCCGCGACUGGCUGCAGCUCGAGGCCGGCAGUAGCGCUAGCGCUCAUUCUCUCGGUCCUCAGUCCUCGCGCGACUCCUCACGGACAAGGCUCGUCCGUCCCGAAUCUCCGCUGUUGCAUGCCACACUUGCCGUACUUGCUUUUUGUCCAGUGACCAUGUCUUUCUCGCAGACAGCAAUGGUCAAGGCCUACAGCGGCGCGCUCGUCAUAGCGGACAUCCUGCUGCUGCUGCUGAAAGUGCUCUACUGCAUCCUCGAGGGAAUCUAUCGAUUCUUCUUGCCGGCGGACGAGCAGAGCGUCGCCGGCGAAAUCGUGCUGGUUACUGGAGCGGGCCACGGCAUUGGAAAGGAGCUAGCCUUGAAGUAUGCCUCGCUGGGGGCCACGGUCGUCUGCUGGGACAUCAACGAUACCAACAACGAGGAGACGGUCGACGAAAUCAAGAAGAUGGGUGGCGCCGCCGCCCACGGAUACAAAUGCGACGUAUCCAGUCGCGAGGAGGUCCUGCGGGUGGCCGACAAAGUCAAGAGGGAAGUCGGCACCGUCAGCAUCCUCGUUAACAACGCCGGAAUCAUGCCGUGUCGGCCGUUCCUCGAGCUCACCGCCGCGGAAAUACAAAAGAUGAUGGACAUCAACGUCAUGGCUCACUUCUGGAUAUUGCAAGCAUUUUUGCCGGACAUGCUGGCCAAAAAUCACGGACACGUCGUCGCGCUAUCCUCGAUAGCCGGCAUCGUCGGUCUGACCAACCUGGUCCCCUAUUGCGCAAGCAAGUUCGCGGUUAGAGGCCUAAUGGAAGCCCUCAGCGAGGAGCUCAGGAUCAGCUCGUCGGUAGGAGGAACUAAAUCUAAUAUCAAGUUCACCACGAUCUACCCCUACAUGGUCGACACCGGACUCUGCAAGAAACCAAAGAUUAAGUUUCCGAGCCUCAUGGCUGUGGUUCCACCGCAGGAGGCAGCUGCUGUCAUAGUCAGGGCGCAGCGAAGAAACGUCCCGGAGUUAUCGAUUCCCUCGCACUGGCUGGGCGUCAACCAUUUCCUCAGAAAUUUUCCGGAGAAAGUGCCACGAGCUAUCAAAGAUUUCCUGGACAGCGGUGUCGCCGCUGACAACUGAUAAGGGACCAUCCGAACCAGAGAUCUGGACUAUCGACGUUUCUGCGCAAGACAAAAACGUACAAAAAUGCUCGUCGUUUUAUCAAAGCGAACCGCGAACAGACGCGCCUAGUUGUAAUUAAGAGAAAAAGAAACAGCGACACAAGGAAGCGCCAACUUUCUCAAGACUGAAGCGCGUGAAUGUCCUGCGUCGCUUUGAUAAAUAAUAAUACAAACAUUGAGCAAACAAACAUAUGGAUAUAGAGCCGGGCUUAAUUUCUUUUUUUUACAAACGAUCAACCAAUGUGUCGUUUGACGCAUAUUUCAUAUCAUUCAUGAAAGCUGUGAUUAGCUGCGUAACCGAAAUGCGUCCGCGCGAAGAACGAUGUCACAAAUAAUUUUCAGAGUUGCGUCCCUGAUUAAAAUGAUCUACGAACGCUGUUGACUUUAUUUAUGUCGAAUUCAUUUUUUUUACUUCUCAAUUAUCCUUAUGUUUGAUAAGGUAUUGCACUUGACUGUAAAAGUCUAUGUGCAUGACAUGUAAAUCAUUAUUAUUUUGGACGUUAGCCGUGACAAGACAAUUUUGGUUUUCUUUUUUGAUUGCAAACAUUUUUAACAACAUUUUUUAACCAGGGAUGCAACCGAGUCGACCGGGAGUACAGUGUGCAUUUAAAACUAUGUAUCGCGAGUAAACGCAAGCACUGCACUCUUUUUCAGCUUGUAAAUAAUGCAUUAUGUUGCAUAUAUGUAACACAAUUCAUUUAUUGAAUAUUCAACGUUUUUCAUUUUUUCAACUAUCCAUUAACAUCAGUAAUGGAAAAAAAAUGUUUUGGUGUUAGAAAAUACAUACGUCCAUUAGUUUAUGACGGCAAGAUUAAAAGAACUCGUUUUUUUUUUAUGCUUAUUCUGGUGCGUCAAAUAUGAAAAACCGAUCUCGACGUAUAUUACAAAAAAGAAUCCACACUUUUUAUACUUUUUCAAUGAAAUUCAAACCUCUUUGUAAAAAAUGUUUACGAAAUAUAGAUUUAUGAAAUGCCUGA